AUGACGGAUCAACCAAUAAAACGAAUAACGUUACAAAUCCCUUUUAAAAACGAAGAACAAGCUAUAUUAGUGACAGAAAUUUUAAAUGUUGACAAAGAACUUAAAGGUAGUGGAAUCCAUAGAAACAUAAACUUUGAAGAUAAUAGUUUGCUUGUUACUUUUGAAGGUGUUGAAUACAAAAAGCUGAGAGUAUCAAUUAACGCUUUUUUAAAAAAUGUUUUGUUAAUUGUAAAAACAUUUAAUACUUUUGCUUUA